AGUAAGUUGCUUCAUAAAUUUUGUGCAACAUCACCGGUUUUAUUGGUCCGUAGCUCCGUUAAUUAAAAUAUUUACAAUUGUUUCAGUGUUUGGUGUUGUUAGACGUUCCUUUGGUUCAUAUUUGAUAAGAAGAAAGUUUACAAUGUCGUCAAAACCCCUGAGUGUGGAAACAUUGGCGGAUCUGAGAAACAAGUUCUACGCAGACCCCAAGAAUGAGCUGGCUCAGAAUGUGUGCACCCGUUUUGACCCAUUCGAGGUGGCUAUCAGCAAACGGAGACAGGAUAGCCAGCUACAUGUGUUUAACAUCAAGAUAGAAUCAGAAGGCAAGCCGGUGACCAACCAGGAGAACUCCGGGCGCUGCUGGCUGUUCGCCGCACUGAAUGUCAUGCGGCUGCCGUUCUGCAAGAAAUACGCCAUCGACGACUUCGAAUUCUCGCAGAGCUACCUGUUCUUUUGGGACAAGAUCGAACGGUCCCACUACUGGCUGAACAAUAUUGUUGCCACCGCAAAGCAGGGAGAGGAGUUGGACGGCCGGCUCGUCAACUUCUUAUUGAAGGACCCAAUAAACGACGGCGGACAAUGGGACAUGAUCGUGAACCUGGUCAACAAGUACGGUGUCGUGCCCAAGAAAUGCUUCCCGGAAUCCUUCAGCUCCAGGAAGAGCUUACAUAUGAACGCGCUCAUCAAGACCAAGCUUCGCGAGUUUGCAAAGGAGCUACGCGAUUUAGUGGCCAAAAAGGUGUCUGAUGAUGACAUCCAAGCAGCCAUCAGCCGACAGAUCGGGGUCAUCUACCACAUCGUUGCCACUUGCCUGGGAACUCCCCCGGAUAAGUUCACUUUCGACUAUUACAAUAAAGAAAAAGCGUACAACACGUUCGGCAGCCUCACCCCCAAGGAAUUCUACGACAAACACGUCAGGCCGCUGUUUGAUGUUGAUGAUAAGGUUUGCCUGGUGAGCGACCCACGAUCCAGUAACCCAUUCGGGAGGUUGUUUACUCUGCAGUGUCUGGGCAACGUGGUCGGCGGCCGACAGACCGCUUACAACAAUCAGCCCAUCGAGACUCUCAUGCAAGUGGUGAAGGAGAGCAUAGCGGGCGGCGAGGCGGUGUGGUUCGGCUGCGAGGUCAGCAAGCGCUUCGAGCGCAAGAACGGCCUCGAGGAUCUAGACGCGCAUGACUACAAGCUGGUGUUCAACACGGAGGUGCAGAUCGGGCUGCAGAAAGCGGACCGACUCCAUUAUGGCGACUCGUGCAUGACGCAUGCUAUGGUGUUCACCGCUGUUGGAACUGAUGAAUAUGGCAAGCCGACCAAGUUCCGGGUGGAGAACUCUUACAGCGACAAGGAGUAUGACAAGGGGUAUCUCCUGCUCACGGAGCCCUGGUUCAGAGAGUUCGUUUUUGAGGUGGUGGUAGACAAGAAGUACGUGCCAGCGGAAGUGAUGGAGGUGUUCAAGCAGACGCCGCAAGUGCUGCCCGCCUGGGACCCCAUGGGCACCCUGGCGUGCCCCCUGUGCUCUGAGGAAUAACUGUAACAUGAGUGACCACCAUCGUGUACCCAUUGCGGGUGGUGCUCUACUAGAUGAUGACAUCUUUUUCGUUUACAUUAUAGUAUAGCUCAAUCCACUGUAUAGAUUCGUGGUGGCCACUUAACAACUCUUAACUGGAUGCUGUUUAGCAAAAAAAAGUUUUUUUUUUUCUCAAUAAAAUAACAGUUUUGAAUGAUUCACGGUUAGUUUCACUAGACUCAAAAAGAAAAGGAAAAUAAAGGUAAUAACGGUCUAUAUCCCAAGUGUAUAACACUUUAAACUCUCGCGUUUUGUACGCAUAAUUAAUGUCAUUACCGGGUCUAACGCGAUUAAAUUUCAUUAUUAUACCUUUUCUCCGACGUUUCAACUAGGUUGCACUAGCUGUGGUCACGGAAGACUGACGUCCCAGCAAAUGUCAAUUGAGAUAUUAGUAAACAACACUAAACUACCCGACAUACGUGUAGUUUUCAAUAAAAUGUCAACUUUAAGCGUCAAUUUUUUGAGUUGACAUCUUAUUGCAAAAUAAAUGUGGGUUGACACAUUAUUGCUUAUCAGCAUCCAGUCUGACCAUCAGUCAUUGAACUAUUACUACGUAAAGAACCGGUACAGAGAACCAGUAUUUUGCGCCAUUAGUUGUUGCCGGCCGACAACAAACUGGUAUCUGAGCGUGAAUCUUGCGUCCUAAACGCGUAAGCGCCAUGGAGCGGCGCUUACGACGUUUUGGUCGCGAUUGCGACGAUUACAUUGUUUGGUAUGGCUUCUCUACACGGUGAAAUUUGAACCACCGUUCAUACUCUGCGUAGUGAACAACUUUUAUUAUGGGGCCAAUGCCGAAAUCGCGAAAAAAAAAUUGGCUGUCCCAUAGAAAUCAGCGGCAUUACAUCAGCCGGAAUGUAUGAAAGAGGCAAAUUUUUUUUCGCGAUUUUGGCAUUGGUCCCAUAAUAAAAGUUGUUCAGUAUGACCUAUAAAGUCACUACGUACAGUAUGAACGGUGGUUAAAAUUUCACCCUGUAUAGUAAUAAUAACUCAAUGCCAUCAGUGGAUCUUUAGUCUUGCAAUAACCUCGUAAGGCCCACCAUACAAAGUUUCCCUAUUUUUAAUUUGAACCUUGUUGUAUAGAAGAUUAGGGUGACUUUAAUUUGUUGUAGAAAACAUUGAAACAAAAGAAAUGCUACUGAAUUCAGUUAGUGUAAGGUUCAAAUUAGAUUGAAACAGGGUGUACAUUGUAAUGCACAUUGGGCCUUACGAGAAUAAAGUUAACUGUCAGUCAACAGUGGUAGAUGGUACAGAUUGUGGAAUUAGUAAAUAGAACCAUAAUUUGAAGCUUAUAGAAAUGCGCAGUUUAGUUGAUAUUAUCUUGACUCAUCAAAAUUAAAGCCGUGUUUUCAUUUAGUGUUCUGGGUGCCCAGCCAAGGCGACAAUCGCUUGCGUUACGACAACGAAACGCUUUGCGUCACUCUAUCACUCUUCCAUAUUAGUGCGACAGAGUUGCGUUUCGUUCGCUACGGAGCGUACACGAUUAGCAUGUUGGCUACGCACCCUGAACUGUUCUGAGCGAGCAAUCGUUCGUUCGUUGGGAUAUAAUGGAAACACUUACCCCAAUAGUAAAUGGAAAGAGCAAACAUUUGCUCGAAACAAAAUGUUUGCUCAGAACACUAAGUGACCGUAUUAGCGGCUAAAAACCCCAUUAACAGCCGUAUUUGAACUCUAUAUUAAGUAAUGAUAGGGUAUAAAAUUUAUUGAAACAUGGACCACGAAGUAUACGUAUGUAUUCCGUGCAAUAGCUUAAAUAAUUUUAUGUUGUGUUCAUUAUAAAUAAGUCUGUAUAAUGGAGCAGACCGUAUUGUCCAUAUUAGAUAUUUUCGUUACACCAGGAUAAUGUGUUCAUAUCAUGAUAUCACGAAUCAUGAUCCUAAAGCAAAUAGUUGAUUAGUGAUUGCUAUUUACUUAUUUUACAGGUCGAAUCGAUAUUUUUUUCAAUAAACAAAAGGUUUAUUUAAACCUUCAAUCGAAUUGAUAAGUGGUAUCUUGAUUUUAAUAUGUCUAAUAAUUAAUGUGAGAGCCACAUAGAUGAUCAACUUUGGCUGAGACCACUUUACUCAGAUAGUUUAGGCACAGUCUAUAAAACAAUACAGUCAUUCGACGAAGCCGUCUAGACAGAGCAAUCGUGCGGGGUGCGAGGGGUGUACCGCGCGUACCCGAGCUGCAUAGUUUCGCCGUUGUUAGUAGCUCGGUACACGUCGAAGUCGUCGGUCCACUGUAUACUUUUUACACUGUGUUUUAGGUGGUUCAAGGUGCGCGGCUGAAAGUUUGGCUGCUUAUGACUGAUUUAAUAUUACUUACGCUAAGUAAGAAUUAUAUAAACUAGAUUUAGUAAUAAACUAAGCUUCUACUAGAAAACUUACCAACCGUCUGAGUUAAGUGGUAGGCAUUAUUUUGUUCAAGUUGAUCGUCUAUUAUGGUCCUUGCGCUGCCGUGAAUUUUUACUUUUAUAUAACAAUGUUUAUAGCGACGAAUUGUUACCAUAAUAAAGAUCUUAGCAUAAACAA